AUGAAUAUAAUUGCAACUUAUCAUCCAAUUGACAAAGAUUAUGGCCAUAUGAAAAUCGAAGAACCGAAAACACCGUAUGCUCCGAGUGAUAAUAUUGAUGAAGACAUGGAUACUGGAUUUAAUAAUAAUGAAGCAAUAUUUUCAGGCGUUGAUCCUGAUGCACUUGCCAACAGAUUAAAUGAAUCUUCAUGUGGUCCAUCGCGGAUAUCGACGGAUAGCUCGGCAAAAGCAUCGGCUCAGGAUCAUAGUCCAACGUCAGAACAGCGAAAACAAUUUGAACAACAUCGAAAAGAGCAUUAUAACGAGUUUGAAAUCGUUCGUUUACAUAAAAAACAAAUCGAAGCUGAACUACGAGCACUCGAACAGGAAGAAGCAUCCGGAUCUGAAGGAGCAUCAUCUAUUAGACCGAUUCUUAUACAUUCUCCUUCAUCACUAUCCCGUCACCAUAAUCAAGCGCAUCAUGUGCAUGUUCAAGAUGACGAACAGCAUGAGAUCGACAAGCAGUCCUUGUCUCCCGAAGAGCACGAACGAAGAAAACAAUUCGAAUCAAAACGAAAACAACAUUACAACGAAUUUCACGUUGCUCAUUCAGCAAACAACACUGAACACAGUUGA